AUGGUGGAGACGGGACAAGGGGGAGAUGGGAGAAGGGAGAGAGGGGGUGGGGGGGAAGGAGAGAGUGGGAAAUGGAGAGAUGGGGGAAACAGAGAGGGCGAGAGGGACAGAGAGGGCGAGAGGGACAGAGAGGGCGAGAGGGACAGAGAGGGCGAGAGGGACAGAGAGGGCGAGAGGGACAGAGAGGGCGAGAGGGACAGAGAGGGCGAGAGGGACAGAGAGGGCGAGAGGGACAGAGAGGGCGAGAGGGACAGAGAGGGCGAGAGGGACAGAGAGGGCGAGAGGGACAGAGAGGGCGAGAGGGACAGAGAGGGCGAGAGGGACAGAGAGGGCGAGAGGGACAGAGAGGGCGAGAGGGACAGAGAGGGCGAGAGGGACAGAGAGGGCGAGAGGGACAGAGAGGGCGAGAGGGACAGAGAGGGCGAGAGGGACAGAGAGGGCGAGAGGGACAGAGAGGGCGAGAGGGACAGAGAGGGCGAGAGGGACAGAGAGGGCGAGAGGGACAGAGAGGGCGAGAGGGACAGAGAGGGCGAGAGGGACAGAGAGGGCGAGAGGGACAGAGAGGGCGAGAGGGACAGAGAGGGCGAGAGGGACAGAGAGGGCGAGAGGGACUGGGAGAAAAUGGAGAAUAUAUAA